CAAGUUUUGAUCUUGAUUCCUUGUGCACAGUUUAUGUUUGCAUUACAUUGCCCCAUACCCUUUCUCUCUCUCUCUCCCUUCUUUUUCCGAGAAAAUUCUCCCCCACUCUUCAAGCAAAGCAGCUCACUUUUUUUUAUUAUUCUCAAAGACUCGUCCUUUAUUUUUAACUCUCUUUCUUGUUUUUGGAGUCUAUGGGGGCAUGUGUUCUUUUCUUCCAUUGAGAUCUGUUUCAAAGCAAUGGGCUUUUACGAAGAAACUUGCACAAACUCCAGGAGUACAAAAAAUGGCUUGAUUGCUCUCCAUGCAGCUCAUCAUAGUGCUUGCAAUGAGGUAAAAUUCAAGUCUCUUUUAACAAAAAUGAUUUGGGAUUUUGGUCUCGGGUGUUUUAUUCCGGGUUAUCAGAGUAAAGGUUCAGAAAAGCAGCAGAAAAACAAAGGUGAAAUUAAAGGAAGCAAUUUGGAGCAUAACAAGGCUUGGUUGUUGGCUGAGUCGAGUGGAGGAGAUGAGUUGACUAGUACUGAUCCACAAUCAGUUCACUCAUCUUUCUGGUUUAGUUUUUGUUCUCAAGUUGAACUAGAUGCCAUGACUGCAAAUUCUUUGAGUUCAGCCACUGUUUUGAUGGCGAAUUUGGAUAAUGGGGUUAGUGAUGAUAGAGCAAAAGAAUCGAAAUGGAGAAGGAUUGAGUCUUUAGAAAGAAGUAUUUCACCAGUGACUAAGUCUUUGGUUAGAUUCGAUUAUGGUGAAAUUGCUUCAGCUAGCAGAAAUUUCUCCAAAGGUAUGAACUUCAUGGAUUUGGUUUCUUUCUUUCUUGUGUUCAAUUGUUUUCUUUCUGUGUGGGAUUUUGAUUGGAUUGUGUUGGAA